UAUUUUCAGAGAUUUCUAUUGGAUGAAGAAAAGCAUGUUAAAACUCUUUUAACGAAAGUGACAGGAGCCUCUGGAUUCUUUGUUUACCUGAUUAUUAUAUUGCAGCAAUAUAUGUGAGUGGAAAAUAUGUGUUUAAAAAGAAGUCCAGAUUGACCCCAACCAGAAGAUGGAAAUUCGGGAGAUAUAACGAAGCCUUCCAUAGCUUUGUUUAAUCUGAGAUUGCCUGUACUAUGCCGGGGAGCACAACGCUUUUCCGAGCGACUACGGACAACGAGAUAGUGAACUCUCCUCAACAAAAUAUGAUGCCGAGCCGACAACCACCACCAGUGGCUCCUCGAACGCCUAAUGUCACCCUUCAGAGUUGGCAGUCUGCGACGUCUGGCGGCGACAGCAGUUACAGUGAUGAGAGACACAUACGUUCCGCUUCUAUGGAUAGCCUGGAAAGCAGUGGGAGUAGUAGUUCGGGAUGUGGCAGUGUUGCGAAUCAUCGAAGCGCAGAUUCAAACACCGGAGAAUACAUUCCAACGAGGACUGUCGGAAAAGCACCCAAACUGCCAUCACACAAUCCAUUGCAGUUCGUAAAGGUACAGUCUCCACUGUACAAAAAGGCUGAACAACAAAUAAAAUUAACCAAAGAAGUUAAAAUAACAAGGGAAGCUCUCAAAGAAGGAGAAGAAGAAUGGCAAUCGAACUUGGACAACUGGAAAUCACGAAGGCGAAAGAUUUCAGAAAAAGUUAUUCAGCGAGCUGAAGAAAUGCGACAGAUAGAAGCUGAGGAACAGCUAAGACAAGAGCAAUUGCUUUUGCAGCAGAAAAAAAUCAAGAAGUUCUCAGAAAUUGUUGAAAAAAGGUCCUCAUCUCGUAAUUAUAAUUUAGAUUUUUACAUUGGGCAAGGUGAUGAUAGUGGAUUAGGUGGCACACCAGAGCCAGAUGAAACAAUUGAUUGCCAAAAUUCUAUUCUGCGAUCUGACACUAGCGAAGGGAUGACAUCCGAAGCAGAAAGUGUUGAUAGUGAUAUACAGAAGUCAGAAAAAGUUUCUGAUAAAAAUCCUCCCAAAGUUCCUGCAAAACCACACUCUUGGUUGAAGAAGGAGCUUUUGAACAAUGUCCUUGACAAUAAUCAAUCACUUUCACAAAAUGAACUUUUUCAACAUUGCCUUUCUAAAAGAGAUUUGUCUAUUGCUGAUAAUAUUUCCUCUGCAGAACCUUCAGAUAUUGAAGGGCAUGCUGGUGAUACAGAAACUGUUUCAUCGGAGGAGGACAAUUCCUACUGUCGACAUUCUGUCAACAUAGAUUCUGAACUCAACAGCUUAUGUGAUGGUAACAAUCGGACUGAUCUUGUAGAUAGUGCAUCUGAUUUGAGUCAAGAUGGCUGCAAUGACUUAGAAAAAGGCAACUACAAAAUAAACAAUGAUUUGUCAGAAGCCCUGGAAACCGAAAAGUGUAAAACUAUAUUGAUACAAGAAACAAAUAUUAAGAAUGCUGAUGAAGAAGAAUUUUCAUUUAAAAUUUGUAUAAAACAAGGAGAUAACAAAGGAUUUGGUUUUACAUUAAAAGGUGGAAAAGAUCAAGCUUGUCCUCCAUACCUUGACCAUGUGACUAAAGGUGGUCCUGCUGAUGUUACUGGCCUAAAAGAGGGAGAUAAAAUAAUAUUACUAAAUGGAGAACUUACUGCUGGUUAUAGCCAUGCUUCUCUUAUUUUUUCUAUCAAACAAGCUAUAUACACAGGAAUUCUUGAUGUAGUCAUAUGCAGACCAACUAAAAAAGUUAACCAAAGUAGUGAAAUGAAGACCAAACAUUCAACCAAAGUUUCAUCAUUUGCAGAAAAGCUUGCUUUGUUUAGCACUGCUAAUAAUAAGCACACUUCUGUCGAAGAUCCAAAGGCAGUUUCUGCAAAACCUGAUGAAAUCAAACGUGAGUCACUAGUUUUAAGAAGAAGAUCAGCUUUUGAAAAUGGAAAAACUGAAAACUCCGUUAUUAUAAACCGUAGAUCAUCGUGUGUAACUCAGACAGCUAAUAGUUUGCAAACUGAAAAUUCUUCUGAAAAACGUCUUUCUGCUGACUUAACACAAACCCAACCUUUCAUUCAAGAAAAUGGUAUUGCGAAGAAAGGUCGACCUCCACCAAUUCCUGUAAAACCGAAACUAAAACAUAGGGCAUUUCUCAAUGAACAGCUUAAAAGUGAAGUGACUAGUGAAGAGAAUAAUUCAUCAUCUACAAACAAUAGUUUGCAUAUACAAGAAAAUCAUGGAUUUGAAUCAUUUAAAGGAUGUGAUCAUACCUCAUUUCAGGAAUUUCCCUCGAAUGAAAAUAUAAAUGAAAGUUUUGUAAUAAGUUCAAAAUUAGAAACUGAAAUUAAUAGUAAUAUUCUGAAUAAAAAUGGGAAACAUGAUGCCAUAUUACAGAAUGAACAAACAUUUGCUGCUGUUUCUAGCUUUGAAGAUAGAAAUAAAAUUAUAACUCAGGAUUCUGUACAUUUUAAUUCUGAUGGCAAAAUUCAGAUUCUUCCAAGUCAUAAUUUUAAUUUUUGUGAAAGCGAAGUUCCUGAAAAAGUAACUGAAAAUAUUUCUGUGGCUGAAAAUAAAGAAUGUAAUAUUAAUUCAGCUCCCGUUCCUGAAAAUAAUCUUACUUAUGAGGGUUUUGGUGAUUUGUCUUAUGGUAACUCUGAUGUGACAUAUUUUGCUUCUGAGUCAUUGUAUGAGCAAUCAAACUUAAUAACUGGUGUUAUUUCAGAGCCAUCUGUAAAAAACGAGCAUAAUUUGGAAAUUUUGAAUAUACCAUUCACAAGUGAUUCACAAAAUUCAGUGAAAGAGAUAACGAUUUUGGAAUCUGAAAUAGUUGACUGUGCUGAUACUCCAUGUCAUUUUGCUGUGGGAGAUUCACAACUGGAUGAUGAUUUAUUGUAUUCAAGUGCCUGUUAUGAUGUAUGUAAUACUGCAGAGUGUGAUAGCAGCGAAACAACUGAUCAGCUAUAUGAAGAAAACAGAAACACAGCUAUUUUAGGUAACUCAGAUGGUACAGAAAAUAUGAGUUCACCAUUGUGCUUACCAUUAGAGAAAAUUGAUGAAGAUGAUGUGAUAUCAGCCAGUACAACUACAUCAUCAGAAACACCUGACACAGAAACUGUUAUCGAGACUGCUCCAUCAAAUUUUUCUCCCCUUCCAAAUGAUGAGUCAAAUGGUGAAGAUUCAACUGAGCAGAUGAAUAUUUUAGAAGUGCAAAUGGACCAAAAUGCAGAAAAUGUAACAAAUCCUGAAAACUCUUGGACUCAGAAUGAUAUAAAUGAAGUACCUCUGUCUGACCAGAUCCAAUCAAAUAAUUCAGAAUAUUUUGAAAAUGAGUUAUUGAAUGAAGCUUUAAAUUAUAGCCCAGAUAAGGAUGAUGAAUGUAAAUAUGUUAUCAAAGGAUCUGAAGAUGAUGACUAUUGUAGAGAACUGGAUGAGAGUAUAGACCAAAUAACGUCAUUGGAUGUUAUUGAUGAAAUUGAACAGAGACUUAUGCACCAGUUAGAACAAGAGGAAGACCCUUUUGAGCUGCAGGAAAAUGAAGAAGGCUUACAAGCACAACUUGAACAAGAUAUCAGUAAACAGUGGCUUUAUUUCACGGAUGAAGUUGAAUUAUUAGAGGAUCUUACUCCUCGAAAAUUAGAGCCUCCAAGUGAACCCCCACCUCCACCUCCACCACCAGAAAUGGAUAUUUCUGAAAAGAAGGCUGUAUCUGUAGCUCGUACUAAUUCUACUAAAAGAAUAAAAAAAGAACUUUGGCGCAGAAGGUCAGAUUUUCUUGGUCUUGAUUCUCCAGAAGGAGUAGAUGUGGAUAAUAUACCUCCUCCUCCUCCUGGGUUGGAAGAAAUAUUAAAACAAGAAAGAGAACAGAGUCAAUGGUUAGAGAAAAGGCUUUCUUUAGCUGAAACUGAAGAUUCUGUUUUCUAUUCUAAUGAAUGUGUUAGUCAAAUACCUGAAGACUUCAGCCUCAGUGAUUAUAAUUCUGAAUAUUUCAUAGAAGAGAGAGAAGAUAAUUCAGAAAUUGCUACUACUGAUGCUGAAAAUGAUCAUUGGAAAGAAAAUUAUGAAGAUCAGUCCUUUUUUGAUGCCUCCUAUGAAAUGCAAUAUCCUUCAUCAAGUGUCUUUACAGCUUCAGUUCCUGAUGAAAGUUCCAAAUUAACUGAAAGUCCUCAACAUAAAGCUAAGCAGAAUAUUCAAGACUUGGGAGCUGCUCCAAAGGCAAAAAUUAUGGAUAGUAACAAAUGGAUCACAGAAAAGGUUGCUCCAGUCAGUAGGAAGUCCAUUGAACCUGUUUUUCGACAAAGUAACUACAAUCAGAAUUAUUGGCUUGCACAAGAUGGAGAACUGAAACAAAGUUUACAAUAUGCUAACAUCCAUACUGAACGAAGGUACUCCAUGCCACCUCCAAGCACAAAUCAUCAUCCUGACGUUACAGUUCGUACAUGGGAUGAUAGAGAGUAUGAAUUUCAGCAACAGCGACCUAGGUCAGCAGUCUGGAAUAAAACAUCAAAUGGUGGUGAUUUAUAUGGACCAUACUCACAAUCAGAGAAGCAGGAUGUAUUGCGCACCCGCAGUCUCGAUAGUCACAGAGAUAUGAACUGUGAUACAAAUAUUUUGGAGUCAGAAGUGCACAACUGUUCGUGUUGUGGGAAAGGUCUUUGUGAAGGCUCAGCAAUGGGUAUCGAAGCCUUAAGACUGUAUUUCCACAUUGAAUGCUUCCGUUGUUGUAUAUGUCAUACACAGUUAGGUAAUGGAUCCUGUGGUACAGAUGUGCAAGUCAAAAAUAAUCAACUUUACUGUCCUAAUUGUUUUACUGUUGAUUAAGGAUCUUGGUAUUGCUUUCAAACGCCAGUUGUUUGAAGCAUUUGAUGGCCUCAGUAUUGUCUAUCAUAGCAGAAAAGAAUGGAUAUAUUUAUUCUGGAAAAAAUAUAUUAAUAUUUUUUCUUAAAUAAAUUUCAUGAAGGACUGAGCCAUAGAUACUUUCGUAGUAUCAAAGGCCUAGUCAGUUUUUAAGAUGUUAUGACAAAUAUAUUUGAAAGUCCCAUUAUAAGUAAACCUUAACGUUUCUAAUGCUUUUGUGUGUACCAAGCGUGUCAAAAUGUAGUUUUUUUAAUGUUUUUAUUUGUGAAAAGUUAUUAAUAGAAUAUACAUGAUGUCUCAGCUGCAGCUGAAUGCCUUUAUUAAAAAAUGUUUUAUUACAGCUAUCAAAGUAAAUUCUAAUUUAGACAUUUCUCAUUUAAAGCUGAGAAAAUACGUUAUAUUUGAUACAUUUUGCUCAACUGCUUAUGUUAAAGAAGAUUUUUGAACUGCAAACAUUUGCUUUUUGUGUUAUUUUACAUUAAUAUCAUUGCAUUACAAUAAGUGUAUUAAACAGAUAUUCAUGUGGAUCUUUCUUUUCCCAUAACUAGUCUCAUUGGCAUUCAUUGUUAGUUAAUUUAACUGCACUAUGUUGUCAAUGGUGUUAUUUCACAAUACUUUAUAUAUUUCAUUUAAAUUUCAGUUUUAGCAAAAAAUUCUGCACAUAAUGCUUUCUUAAAUACAAAGUUAUACUGUGCCAUAUUUACUGACUAUAGGGGAGUUCAUGCUGCAAUUUAUUUUGUGCAUUUCCAUUGUGUCAAUUUUUUAGGAAUAUUAAAAUUUUCAAAUUAUUUUUUUAAGAAUUUUCCAGGCUAAAGUAUUCAAACUAUUUCUUCUUCUUUAUCUAGUUUUGUAAUGCAAUGAAAUAAAUAUUGUUCAAGUCAAAUUAUUCUUUUCCAGUUAGUUAUUGUGCUUAUUUCUUUGUAUUUAAUUAGCAUGAUAUACAUAAUUUUAUUUUACAUUUUUUGUAUACUAUUAAGUUCAUUUGUAUCAUUCUAGUGCAGUAGUUUGAAAGUAUAUAAAUGGGGAAAACAGAUGUAUAAAUGUAAAUAUCAUGUAUUAAUUCAUUUAAUAGUGUAGAAUUUUAAUAUAGUUUUUGUUAUUUAUUUUGCAUUGAGAAUUUUUCUCUGUGUAGUUAAAUACAUAUAAUUAUCGUAUGUAACAUCUGUAUAAUUUUAAUAGAUUCCUCUUUAAAAUUAAUUAUUUGAAUUUGAAAGAGCUAUUAUUAUCAUCAUUGCUAAAAGGAAUGUUUUUCAUUGAGCAGAUAUGUACACAUACACUAUCAAUAGUAAAAGAAUAAGUAAACUAAUAUUACUAUUAUUAAGAUGUGUUUUCAUGGUUUAAUGGAAAUUUUUUAUAUCUUAAUUCCAUCAUCUGAUAAAACAGAGCGUGAUGUAUCAUUAUGUGAUGUUAUCAACUGUAUGCAUUCCAAAUAAUUAUCUAAGAUUAUACAGGCAUACAUCCCAAGAAACUGUAUUGCAGGUUGCUUCAGUUAUGAAAAUUUCUAGUAUUUGAUUAGUUAUAAAACUUAAUUAAUCUCAGCAGAUUAAUUGUAUGAAAUUAUAAUGUAAAUUCAAUGUUGUAUACAAAGAAAAAAUUAUAUUUGUAUUAUUUUCUGUUCUAUAUUUAGCUUUCA